AUGGCCAGCCCUGAUCUCACUGCCACUGUUGAAUUCUGCGCACUGGAGCUGCGUCAGGUUGGAGAUGGGCUUUUCUGGAGAUACAAACUGCUGGAAAUACUGAUCAGGAACUACAAGACUGUUACUAAAAUCAAGUGA